AGAGCAAUAUUCAUGAAUUUAGUGUUGAGGAUUCCCAAUCCUCCAAACGCCUUUGGCUUGCACACCGUAGCCCAGUUAACCAUGUGGUACUUGCGCUUGGGUCCCACUCCUUCCCAGAAGAAGCGAGAACGGUGUCGAUUCAUGGUCCCAUGAGUCGCGUCGUGCAAGAGGUAAAGACCCAUUGCAAACAACGGCAAGCUGGAGAGGCAAGAGUUGGUUAGCUCCAGCCUCCCCGCGGAGGCGAGAAAAAUUCCUUGCCAGGGCUCAACCCUGUGACCAACCUUGUCAGUGAGGAAAUUCCAGUCUGCCACAGAUAGUGGCUUGUCACUCACCGGGAGGCCAAGAUAUUUGAACGGCAAGCUCCCUAGCUUGCAGUUCAGGGCGUCAGCAAACUUCUGACGUUCCUGGUCAGUGACCCUGUCACGACCACCUCGCUCUUUGCGAAGUUGAUCUUGAGACCCGACAUGUUCUCGAAGCAGAGUAGCAGGAGUUUGAGGUUAGCCACUCCGACAUCUGAGGGUUCCAGUAGGAUCAGGGUGUCGUCAGCAUACUGAAGGUGGGUGACACCCCCCGGAAUCAGGUGUGGCACGACCCCCUGGAGGUGCCCAGACUCGCUAGCCCUGGCAAUAAUGGCCGCUAAGGAGUCCACCAUGAAGUCAAAGAGAAUCGGGGAUAGAGGAUCUCCUUGACGCACUCCCCGUGCAUUCCGAAAAUAAUCCCCAAUGACACCAUUGACAUUAACUGCAGUUUGUCUUCCCGAGACCAACUGCAUCAAGCGAUGUACGAUCAUAGGGGAAAAACCUUUGCAGUGGAGCACCUCCCUCAGGAAACUCCAGCUGACACGAUCAAAAGCUUUCUCGAAGUCCAGUUUGAGGAGGAGCCCCCUCAGUUUUUUUACUCUGAGCUCAUGAGCAAUCUCGUGGAGAGCCAGCACACCCUCGUGCAGGCUCCUACCCUUGAUGAACGCCGUCUGACUACGAUCGAUGGUUCUAAGCGCGACGGGGGCGAGACGGGUGGCAUAGGCUUUAGCAAAGAAUUUAAAGAUAACAUUGAUAAGGGCGAUAGGCCUAAACUGCUUGAUGUUGUCAGCGCCCUGAGAUUUAGGGAUGAGGGAGAUAACUCCAUAGUUAAGGCGCGCAACGUUGAUCCUCCCAAGGACAAAAUCAUUAAGCAUCUGAAGGAUGGGAGCCCUAAGGGUUCCCCAGAACCUCUUAAAGAAGAGCACAGGGAGGCCGUCAGGACCUGGUGCCGAGUCAGGUUUCAUGCCAGCCAGGACCUCAUCCAGCUCCUCCCCCGUGAAGGUGAGCUCGAGAGCCAUGUUCUCUUCCUCGCCUAUCCUUUGGGUCACCGGCCAGAGGUUAGGUGCCAGGGAGAAGACCCUCUCCGCCCCCGCCGUUCCCAUCAGACCAUGGUAGAAAUGGUAGACAUGGCCCAUCAUGUCUUCCUGGGUAGUAAGUUCCCCCUCCUCCGUGAUGAGUCUGGGGAUCAUACAUUUCCUUCGCCUCCCGUUGGCAAAGGCGUGGAAGUAGGCUGUGCAGGAGUCACCCUUCAGGGUCCACUGUAGUCUACUCCGCUGACGCCAGUACUCCUCUUCUAUCCCAUCCAGGUUGACAACUUGGUCCUCGAGAAAAUAUCGAAGGGCCCAGCCGUCGUCGUCAAGCCCCAACGAGUCCGCUGUCCUAUCCAGCUCCUGGAUAUGGGAAAUGAGGUCAUCCCUUGCCUGACGCCGCAACUUGCCAAGAUUCGCACCCCACCCUCGGAGAUGCUGUCUAAGGCAUCUGACAAUGCAUUGCCAGAGGUCAACACUGCAGCGAUGCGGCCCCAGCGCAAGGAUGCAAUGCUCAAUCUUCCCUUUUACCAUGUGGUCAAACCCAGCCACCCUAAGCCACCACGAUUGGAAAGAGAAUCUAGAUGGCCUUCUGACCCCAUUCUCCCCAUCAUCAAGGAGUACGGGGUUGUGGUCAGAGCCGACCCUCGUGACGGCCAAGAGCGAGCAGAGCGGGAAGACCUGCUCCCACGACGGGGAGACAAACACCCUGUCCAGAACGGAGCGAACCGGAGAGAGCUACUUGUUGGUCCAGGUAAACCUAGCACCAGUCCGAUUAAGCUCCCUCAGGGCAAGGCCAGCGAUCAUGUCAUUAAAUUGGCGCACCCUAGGCCAAUUAAUGUUGCCAUUGUUCUUAUCCUGCGCCCCCCCUGAUGAGGUUGAAGUCGCCUCCCAUGAUAAGAGGGUGCUGGCAGGCUUCAACCUCCGACACCAGCUCAUCCAGGAACUCCCUAGUCCUGGAGUGAUCCGCUGGGCCGUAGACAAGAAUACAAGUCCAGAUGAGCCUCUUGCAGCAAUGGUAAAUGUCAGCGCUUAAGAAGAAGCUCCCUUUCCUCCAGGUCCCUACCUCGAAGCACUCGUCCCGGAAUCCAAGCAGCAUCCCCCCGGAUUGUCCGUUGGCCGGCACCCAGUUCCAAUUGAACUGACCGCCCUGCUCAAGACUCCGCAGCUCGACGGCUGAGAAGUCCUGUCUAACCGUCUCUUGAAGACCAAGGAUGUCGAUUCUUUCCUGUUGCAUGUAGUCGCGGAGUUGGGUGUGACGCCCUCGUCCCCCAAACCCGCGCAAAUUGUAGAAGAGGCUCUCAUGAUGACGAGCGUCUCUUGUACUGUCUCGUAGAGACAGGGCGCACAGAGGCCUUGACACACUUCCUCAAAGGGCGAGACCGCGUCUCACCAGACUUGACCUUGGCCGAAGCGCGCCGAGCUUUGGCCCGCGUGGCCGGCGCGACCGACUCGGAGGCCCCUACCUCAAGUGACUCCGGAUCCUGGACGGACUGCGGCAGCGCCGAGUCCUCCUCCGAGGCCACCCCUUGGGCCUCAGACACGGCCGCCGCCUCAGCUUCCCUAGCUAAGCGGCGGGCAGUUUCUGCUUAUAUAGUUGUAAUUAGGGGGGCUACAUAAGAUGCAACAAGCUGGUAGACUGAUAUGUAAUUUCCACUCUCUAGUGUUAAACUAUUUUACAUCGUAUUGACAUGCAAAAUGAGAACACUGAGGGGUAAACUCUGCAUAUAUGAAAUAUAUUUAGGAGGUACAAACUGCAAGCUGCUGGUGCAGCGCUACAUUUGUCACCGUACAACCUGAAUAUUGGCAAGGCAUCACUACACAGAGCACAGGAACGCCCUCUCUACUUCCUCCGAUGCAUUUCUUCUGAGAAAGCACAUAACAUAUUCCAUCACUGCUGCAUCGAAGGGCAGUAUGAUCCCGCUGUCGCAUGUGAAGCCAAACUCCAGGGACAUCCUUAGAAGCUUGCCGAAUACUGUCGUGGCGAGGUACGCCAGCGGGACCUCAAACUGCCUCCCAUCAAUUGUGUACAUGGCACAAUGACAUUUUAUCUGCGAGCGGCGAUGUUGUGCAGCAUGCUUGGUCAUCUAUGGAUGGUGUCUCUUGACCCCUUUGCCACUUAUUCACCAACUGAGCAAGCCUCUUGGGAUGCAUCACAGCCAUGGCUGGGUGUUCUUGGUUCUCAUGUAUUUUUCUCAGAGAUGCUUGGUAUGUGAGUUUAUUGAUGAAGUAAUGGUGUCUCAUGAAUAUAUAGGCACAGAGAUAUGAGACUUACUAGCAGUUGACAAGAGACAAUGCACAUGCAAUGUUGGAUCUGAAGGGAGGCAGCCAGAUUCAGAUCAGAUUUUGCUAGGCCAUGGCUUAUCUGUAGAGGCAAAGGUAGUGGACUAGUGGAUGGGCAAUAGAUGCAUGGUACAGUCAUCGAUACUAAAUUGGGUAGAGGCAUUAUGCAACCAUCUGGGGUCCAGCUUUUGUGGAUCUGUUCCAUUUGGUUCGGUGUCCUGUUUCAUGAGAUUGAACAAUCCGGUGAUUGCAAUCAAGCGAAGUGAAGAGCCGGCGCCACAGGGGACCCUGCAUAUGAUGGAGCCAUUGCUGAGUAGAUGCAGAGUUUGCGUCACUGCUUUUGGUUGUGUACUUUGCACUUACAGCUGCAACUGCAUGCUAGGUGUUUGUUGGCUGGUUUAGCGGUUCUUUGACUGCUUCAAAUCUAGCAAGUUGCUUGACACCUUCAUAUCUCAUGGUCUGCAAGAUUUCUAGCAUCA